AUGGCCGAAAUCAAGAUCGACAGCAAGCUUUUUCAGGAGCGAAUUUCGCAUUUCGCGACCUCUUGGAAGAAUGACCUUCGAUCCAAGGAUAGCGUCUUCGGGGGCGCCUCGUCAGUGCUCAUCAUGAUGGGCAAGGUCGAGGAGGCGGCCGAAUUUCACAAGAACAAUGCGAUGCAUUUUUGGCUCCUCGGAUAUGAGUUCCCUACGACGCUCAUGCUGCUCACGACCGAUACCCUCUACAUCCUAACGACGGCCAAAAAAGCGAAGCAUCUGGAUCAGAUCAAAGGCGGGCGCUUCCCGGUCGAGGUCCUCGUUCGAGGCAAGGAUGCUGCAGAGAAUGAGAAGCUCUUCGUUAAGAUUGCUGAGAAGAUGAAGGCCGCCGGCAACAAGGUCGGUGUCAUUUCCAAAGACACGUCGCGAGGUCCGUUCGUAGACGAGUGGAAGAAGGUCCUGGCAGAGCACGGCAAGGAUAUUGAGCAGGUCGACAUCGCGGCCGCCCUUUCGAUGCACGCCUUCUCCGUCAAGGAUGAGAACGAACUGCGCGCCAUGCGAUCAGCAUCCAAGGCUUGCGUUGCCUUGAUGACCCCCUACUUCCUGGACGAAAUGUCGAACAUCCUCGAUGCUGGAAAGGACGUGAAGCACUCUGCCCUCGCCGACCGAGUUGAUAAAAAGAUCGACGACCCCAAGUUUUGGAAGAAUGUAGAGCUUCCUAACAAUGGCAAGCUCCCCUCUGAUUUGGAUCCCACCCAGCUGGACUGGAUUCUGGGCCCUGCUGUCCAGAGUGGUGGAAAGUUUGACCUUCGCUUUGCUACCGAUUCCAACAACGAUAACCUCCACCCCGGAAUUAUUAUCGCAGCCAUGGGUUUGAGAUACAAGUCGUAUUGCUCUAACAUUGCUCGAACAUAUCUGGUCGACCCAAACAAGUCACAGGAAAGCAACUACAAGCUUCUAUACAUGAUUCACAACUCCAUUAUCAAGGAUAUCCGCGAUGGAAUGACGGCCAAGGAGGUAUACAAUAAGGCCAUCGGCAUUAUCAAAGCCAAGCGGCCCGAGAUGGAAAAACAUUUCCUGAAGAAUGUUGGUUGGGGUGUAGGAAUUGAGAACAGAGAUCCCACUCUGGUUCUUAGCGGCAAGAACUCCCGCGUUCUCCGGGACGGAAUGACGCUUAUUAUCAAUACCGGAUUUCAGGAUAUCGAGAACCCUCAGCCGCAAGAUAAGAACAGCAAAGUCUACUCACUCGUUCUCACUGACACAAUCCGAGUCACCUCCUCAGAACCGGUAGUCUUCACUGCUGAGGCUCCUACCAGCGCUGAUGCCAACUCUUUCUUCUUCAAGGACGACGAGGAAGCCGAGCCAGCUCCUAAGAAGGAGAAGAAGGAUUCAAGGGUAGGAGCCGUCGCUACCAAGAAUAUCACCAACACCAGACUCCGAUCGGAGCGCUCUAAUCAGGUGGAUGAGGAUACCGAAAAGCGCCGCCGUGAACAUCAGAAGGAACUGGCCGCAAAGAAGCAGAAAGAGGGUCUUGCCAGGUUUGCCGAGUCCACCGGUGCCAAAAACGGCGGGGAGAUCAAGAAGUUCAAGAAGUUCGAGUCAUACAAGCGAGACAACCAGUUUCCCUCAAAGAUUCGGAAUCUUGAGAUCGUCGUCGACCCAAAGAACGCAACAGUCGUUCUUCCCAUUAUGGGUCGGCCUGUUCCAUUCCACAUCAACACGAUCAAGAAUGCCAGUAAGAGCGAUGAGGGUGACUUCACCUUCCUACGAAUCAACUUCUUAUCACCAGGCCAAGGUGUGGGCCGAAAGGAUGACCAGCCAUUCGAAGAUGCCACAGCUCAUUUCGUGAGAAGUCUUACAUUCAGGUCAGCCGAUGGAAAGAGAUACGAUGAGAUCGUCGCACAAAUAUCAAACAUGAAGCGAGAUGCUGUGAAAAAGGAACAAGAGAAGAAGGAGAUGGAGGAUGUCGUGGAGCAGGACAAGCUCAUGGAGAUUAGAAAUCGUCGCCCGGCCGUUCUUGAUAAUGUCUUCAUUCGGCCCGCAAUGGAGGGUAAGCGAGUUGCCGGUAAGGUUGAGAUUCAUCAGAACGGUAUCCGCUACCUCUCGCCUUUGAACGCCCAGCACCGGGUGGACAUUCUGUUUUCCAACGUCAAGCAUCUGUUCUUCCAGCCUUGCGCUCACGAGCUGGUUGUUAUUAUUCAUAUCCACUUGAAAGAUCCUAUCAUUGUGGGCAACAAAAAGAAGACCAAGGAUGUGCAAUUCUACCGUGAGGCGACAGAUAUUCAGUUCGAUGAGACUGGUAACCGCAAGCGCAAGUACAGAUACGGUGAUGAGGAUGAGUUCGAGGCCGAGCAAGAGGAACGACGUCGCCGAGCCGAACUCGACAGGUUAUUCCAGGGCUUCGCUCAGAAGAUCGCCGAAGCCGGUCGAAAUGAAGGCGUUGAGGUGGACAUGCCUAUCCGAGAAUUGGGUUUCCACGGUGUUCCAUUCCGAAGCAACAUCUUCGUCCAACCCACAACCGACUGUUUGAUCCAGGUGGUGGAGCCUCCAUUCAUGGUUCUCACCAUUGAGGAGAUUGAAAUUGCUCAUCUCGAGCGUGUUCAGUUCGGCUUGAAGAACUUUGAUAUGGUCUUCGUCUUCAAGGAUUUCACCCGUCCCCCUUACCAUGUCAACACAAUCCCGGUGGAGUACCUUGACCAGGUCAAGGACUUCCUCGACUCAUCUGAUAUUGCGUUCAGCGAAGGUCCGCUGAACCUUAACUGGCCAACUAUCAUGAAGACUGUGACCGGAGAUACACACCAGUUCUUCGCUGACGGUGGUUGGUCGUUCCUUCAGGCCGAUUCAGACGAGGAGGGCGAGGACGAGUCAGAGGAAGAAUCCGCCUUCGAGAUGGACGAUGAUGAGAUAGACGAUGCCUCUGAGAGCGAGGAAGAGUCUGACUUUGACGGCAGCAAUGCCAGCGACGAUGAUGACGAUGGAGACGCUGAGCUAGACAGCGAGGAAGAGGGUGAGGACUGGGAUGAGCUGGAAAAGAAGGCCAAGAAGCGCGACCGCGAGGACUCGAUGAGAGACGACGAGGACAGAGGAGGCAAGAAACGCAGGAGAUAA